CAGGAUGAGCACCUACAACCCUCCCACACUCCAGAAGCUGGCACUGGAUGGGCUGCUGAGGAAAGAUGCCAUAAACUCCUCCGAUCUGGACUACUUGCCCACAGUGCUUUUCCCACCACUCUUCCUAGAGGCUUUCAAUGGCAGACACACAGAUAUGAAGGCAAUGGUGGCAGCCUGGCCCUUUCCCUGCCUCUCUGUGGGGGCCCUGAUGAAAACCCCUGAUGUGGAGGGCUUGCAAGCUGUGCUGGAUGGCAUAGAUAUACUGCAGACACAGAAUGCUAGUCCCAGCAGGAAGCUUCAAGUCCUGGACUUGAGAGAUGUGCACCAGGAUUUUGGGGAUGUAUGGGCUGGAAGAAAGGAUGAAGUCUGCUCAGCAAAGACUGGGAAUGAGAAACAAGUUGCAAAGCACAUUCCUAGAUGUGCACUGAGGCAGCAUUUGAAGGUGGUCACUGACCUGAGCCUUGACUUCUCUCUGCAACAACAUCAAACAUGCUUACUACAAUGGGCCCAGCAGAGAAAAGACUCUUUGAGGCUAUGCUGUCUGAAGAUGAAGAUUUGUCACUUCCCAGUGGAGAUUAUCAGGGAGAUCUUAAAUAUUUUUCAGCCAAACUAUAUGGAGGAAUUGGAAAUAUACACAAAGCAGGUCCUAUCCUUUCUAGGUUGCUUUGCACCUUGCUUUGGCCAGAUGAGAAAUCUUCGCAAAUUCCAUCUAAGGGAAAUAAGAUUGAGGAUCUCACUUAGUGGUGUGCUUCAUUUUGCAGAUGUAAAGAACUGUGCUGCCAAACUCCUUUCUCAGUCCUCCAAACUCAACUAUCUCCAACACCUCUCCAUGAAUGGUGGCUACUUUUCCAGUGACAACAUGAAACAGUUGUUCAGAUGCCUGAAGAGCCCCUUGGAGUCCUUGUCUAUGAUUAUCUGCCAACUCUCCAAGUCAGACUUGAAGCACACGUCAGAGUGUCAGAGGCUGUGUCAACUGAAACACCUGCACUUUGAUGGUGUAGUGUUUCCCAAGUCAUGUUCCAAGAGUCUCCGAAUUCUCCUAGAGAAUGUUUCUGAAACUCUGCAGACCCUGCAGUUAGAGAACUGCAGGAUGAAUGACUCUCAGCUCAAAAUCCUUUUGCCUGCUCUGGGCCAGUGCUCACAGCUCACCUCUGUCAAUUUCUAUGAGAAUGACGUCUCCACUGCUACUUACAAAGAGAGCACUCCCACUAGUCCUGGAGCCUUUCAGGAUGGGGAGCAUGCCCACAUCUGGUGCUUCAGGAUGCCACCACCAGCUAUGAGCUUCACAGGAGUCCUUGCCUGCAUCCUAACUCCCUGUGUAGUGGUUGUGGCCAGAGCUGCCGCCAAACCUCCUAACACAGAACUGUGGAUUGUGAGUAGGAUGAGGCUGCUGAGAGUUAUCUUUGGACCUCAGGACCCUGAUAGUCCAUUCCUCAAACAGUUUGCCUUUGAAAAUGCAAACCCAGCCUUUCAGGAUGUGCUUAAACAUUAUUUCUCUAAAGCCUUGGCAGAAUACGUUUGCUUAUGUGUGGGCAUGGGACCCAGUCAUGCCAUAGGGCUGGCAAUAGGAGUCUCUUCAGAAAGCAGGCAUUCAGAUGCAAAGACUUGCUUUAAUUGCACAGUCCGGACACUUUCAACAUGGAUGUCCUCACCUCUGAGCCACCAGAAAUUCUUUGCCCCAAAAUUCACCUCCUCAAUCUACAGGUCCACCUGCCCUGAGGCAAAGACCUCCAACUACCCUUUGUCCUCGCUGCCACACAGGUUGCCAUUGGCAAUGGGAAUGCCAUUUCAAGACAGAUAA